CAGAUAGUACCAUAUGUAGGCGACAACAAACGUUAUGCUCAGCUAUUAACAGGUCUUCAGCAGGGAAGUAACUAUCUUGUACAUAUCCAGGUGCUUGAUCGAAAUUCAUAUGUGAUGUAUACCAGUCCCGAGGCUUCUGCCAAAACGGUUUGUUCCGGUAAGCUUCAGGUGUAG